AUGCACGCAAACAAAACUCUAUUUCUGUUUUUUUUGGUAUUAUAUUUUAUUGCCGGUCUUUCACUUCUUAUUACCGGUAGUGUUGCUCAUCAUCAUGCUUCACAAUUUACAGCACUCACUGGUCCAGCAGUUGUAUCAGGUGCUGGUUUUAUUAUUUCAUUAGGCGUUAUAAUUCUUAUCUUGUCAGUACUUGGUUUUCUUGGCGCAUAUAAAAAUCGUUUAGGAUUAUUGAAAAUUUUUAUUGGUUCAUUACUUUUAAUCUUAUUACUUCAAUUCAUCGCUGUCAUUGUUGGCUUUACGCUACGUAGCAAGGCUGAUAAUCAAUUACGUGCCAAACUAAUCAGUUCAUUACCAAAAUAUACAGCAAAAGUUAAAGAAGUUGUUGUAGAAUGGGAUCGUCUUCAAGAAAAAUGGUCAUGUUGUGGUGUUAAUAAUUCUUCAGACUGGGAUAUUACAGCUGAUCUUGCGGAACCGCCGGAUUCAUGUUGUCUUAAAGCUGAUUGUACAUCAGUUGCAGAAAAUGGAUCAGCUGUUUUCGAGCAAGGUUGCUAUCUAGCAGCACGUAAUAUAUUUUUUCGAUAUUCAAAAGCAUUAGGUGGAGUUUCACUCUUCUUCUUGUUGGUUGAAAUUGCUGGAACAAUAUUAGCAAUUGGACUUUUACGAGAUUUGAAAAAUAAUUAUGGAAGUGUUUAA